AUACUAAAACUCAAUAAUGUGAUCUGUCCAGGCAAAGUAAAUGUAUUUGUGAUUUCGUUGGUGCUCAAUAUUCGACAAAUAAGUCUAAUACGUUUUUAAUUUAUACCCAAUUUGAUCUAGAUGAAUUAUUAUCGAAUCGAGAUUAUUCAUAAAAUGCAACAGCAACUCAUUAGACAACUCAAAUACCAUUCUAAACGAAUUAGAAAUUCAAAUAGUUUACCGUCGAUCGUCAUGAACCUCCGACUGAAAUUAUUCACCGUGGCUCUACCAUUAUUACUUUCAUCAGGAUUUAAUGCAUCCACCCUGAAAUUCACGAACGUAAUCUGUCAGUCUCUCAAUAAAUCAUUGGUUCGGUUUGAAGAGUGCCGGUUACGAGUUUUCAGACGAAAUAUGAUCACUUUCAAUUUAAAUGCAACGAUUUUGCAUCCAGUAAAUGUUGUCUACGUUAAUACACAAGUCUUGAAGAAAGCAAAUGGAUAUAAGCCAUUUCUAAUGAACAUAACCUUUGAUGGGUGUGAGUAUCAGCGAAGUCGCAAUAAUCCCUACAUUAAUUUAAUAUAUACAUUAACAAAAGAUGUUACAAACCUUUUUCACAAGUGUCCCUUCUACGGUACGAUUUUCAUGAAGAAUCUUCAUGUAACACCAUCGAUGAUUAAACUUCCAUUGCCGAGCGGAGACUAUCUAUUAGAAACUAACUGGAUGCCGUUUAUGAGAACACAAUUUAUAACUAAAUUCUAUUUUGCAUUUGUAGAAGAUUAAAGCUGAACAUUUAAAUUCUUCGAAAAUAAAGUAUUUACCAAAACAAAUAAAUUUGUUAUUGUCAUUUAGAUAGUGAGCAAUUUCCAUCACAUAAUUGACUUAUUUAUAGUUCGUCUAAUG